AACCAUCUCUCCCUGCUAUUAGACUCAUCAGUUCUCUCCAUAUAUCCCCCUCACACACACACACACACGCAAUGGCUGCACAGGACGGAGGAAAAUCAGAAGUUGGUGUCAACUCUUCGCCUGCUCUGAAACCCAAGGAUUGGGUCCUUUUGUCUCUGAGGUUGGUUGCAUUAUUUGCCACGGCGGCGGCAACUAUUGUGAUGGCACUCAAUAAGCAGACCAACACUGUGGUGGUUGCCACCGUUGGUAACACCCCUGUAAAAGUUGCUGUCACUGCAAAGUUUCAGCAAACCCCAGCAUUUGUGUUCUUUGUGGUAGCCAACGGUAUGGCCAGUUUCCAUAAUUGGCUGAUGAUAGUGGUGGAACUUUUUGGGCACAAGAUUGAUUACAAGGGACUCCGCCUCGCAAUCAUUGCCAUUUUAGACAUGAUGACAGUAGCGCUGGCAUCAGCUGGGGAUGGGGCGGCGACAUUCAUGGCAGAGGUAGGGAAGAAUGGCAACUCACAUGCAAGGUGGAACAAGAUCUGCGACAAGUUCCAUGCCUACUGUGACCGUGGAAGUGGGGCGCUCAUUGCUUCCUUCAUUGGCCUCCUUAUCCUUUUAAUCAUAAAUGUCAUGUCUAUUAGCAAACUGCUCAAGCCCAAACACACUUAUAUCGGAGUCCCUUAAGCUAGCAUACGUUCUGAUCCUCUCUCUCUCUCUCUCUACCCUUUUUUUUUUGUGUCAAUUUGCUGGCCCGUUGAUUCCUUCUGUUUAUUGUUUUGAGCAUACGCUUACUGUGAUCAGCCUGUAGUGCAAUGUAAUGUAACCUUGUUUGGUUGUAAUCCAAAACCUAAAUAUGACAAUGGCUUUUAGUC